GUUCCUUUGUGUGAUUCUACCAUGGACCACAUCCUCUUUUGCCUGCUGGUCCUGGGAACCACAGUGUUGAUGGCCCAUGCAUGCCCAAAGUACUGUGUCUGCCAGAACCUGUCCGAGUCCCUGGGGACCCUGUGUCCCUCCAAAGGCUUGCUCUUCGUCCCACUGGACAUUGACCGGCGCACUGUAGAGCUCCGGCUGGGCGGCAACUACAUCCUCCGCAUCACCCAGCAGGACUUUGCCAACAUGACCGACCUGGUGGACCUGACGCUCAGCCGCAACACCAUCAGCUACAUCCAGCCCUUCUCCUUCAUCGACCUGGAGACCCUGCGCUCCUUACACCUUGACAACAACCGCCUCACAGAGCUCGGUCCUGAUGAUCUCCGGGGCCUGGUCAACCUGCAGCACCUCAUCCUUAACAACAACCAACUGGGACGCAUCUCGGACCGGGCCUUGGAAGAUCUGGCCCCCUCCCUAGAGGAUCUGGAUCUGUCCUACAACAACCUGAGGAGCCUGCCCUGGGACUCAGUCAAGCAGAUGGUCUCCCUACACCAGUUGAGUCUUGACCAUAACCUCCUGGUCUUCAUCCCUGAGGGGACCUUUACGGAUCUAGAGAGACUGGCUCGCCUGGAUCUCACCUCCAACCGACUCCAGAAGCUGCCCCCAGACCCCAUCUUCGCCAGGGCCCAGGAUUCAGUGGUGAUGACCACUCCCUACGCCCCUCAGCUGUCUCUUGGCAUCGGGGGGAACCCCCUGCACUGUAACUGUGAGGUGCUAUGGCUGCGGCGGCUGGAGAGGGACGACGACCAGGAGACCUGCGCUUCCCCUUCCAACCUGAAGGGACGCUACUUCUGGUAUGUGAGGGAGGAGGAGUUUGUGUGCGAGCCGCCCCUCAUCACUCAGCACACCCACAGGAUGCUGGUGCUGGAGGGCCAGGCGGCCAGCCUGAGGUGCGAGGCCGUUGGAGACCCCACCCCCACCAUCCACUGGAUGGCCCCCGACGAUCGUGUCCUUGGCAACUCGUCCCGUACCGUCAUCUACGGCAACGGCACCCUGGAGAUCCUCAUCACCACCUCCAAGGACUACGGUACCUUCACCUGCAUCGCGGCCAAUGUGGCCGGGGAGUCCACCGCCUCAGUGGAUCUGUCAAUCAUCCAGCUGCCCCACCUCAGCAACGGCACCGGUCAGGGCUCGCAGCCCAAGUCCCGCCUCUCGGACAUCACCGGCACCACCAGGAUAAGCAAGGGGGUUCCAAAGACACCGCUGGAGAAAGUGGUCACUGUGUCAGAGGUGACAGCCAUUUCAGCCCUGGUUAAGUGGACCGUCAGCAAGGCAGCGCCCAAGGUAAAGAUGUACCAGCUCCAGUACAACUGUUCCGACGACGAAGUCCUCAUCUACAGGUAACAAAGCCAGACUGUUUUUCAUGUUUCCUUUGUUUUCAGAGAAGAAGGAACACUGAUAGCCUUGAUCUAUGAGGGAACAAAAGACGGAAGAGACGCUUAAAACAAGUGACUUGUUUUGUUUAACUAAAGAUAAUGUGUCUCUCAGCUUUCACAAAAGAUAGAUGGAUUGUACCAAACAGUAAAUGAUGCUGUUUACAGUAAACAAAAUACACAGUAUCAAUAACACUGCCAUGUGUACAGAACCAGCAACUUUCAUACCCAGCUUCCAUAACAAUAUAGCCUACAAUGGUGUUGUUGAUCCUUAGUGAUCCAUCCAUCAUCCAUCGUUUCUUUCUGUCCGUUGAAUUGUUAGACAGCGAAACAACUCACUCUUCACUUUCCACUGCCUUUUUCAUCAUCUGAUGAAAUGGAGCAUCGGCUCCACUAUGCUAAGUAGGCCAUAAAUAAGGGAAUUUCAUCCCUAAGCUUAAUAGAUGGAUAUUCUGUCAAUCCACUACAGCAGCUAUUUGAUGAUGCUGAAAGUGUAUUACAGGAAGCUGAUAUAUAGUAUAUUAGCACAUCUCCAAACGACUGUGAAACCAGCCGGAAAGGAAAUCCAAUUAUUUAAUGCCAUUUAAAUUAGUUACUAUGUUAAAACCUAGAGAAAGGCAGAUCAUUUCAGCCAUAGCCUUUGAGAGUUGUGCUGUAACCCUUUAGUGACAUAUAGGUCUAUAUCUCAUCAGACAGUAUUUAUAUCUGCUUAUCAUUACCACUACAAUUGGUUAUGAUCGUUUUCUAGUUUAUUAUGUCAACUUUAUUUAAAAAAGGGAUUGGAAUCUAAAUUCUUAACUCUAACUUGUACUAUACCUGCCAUGAAAAGAAUGAUAUGCAGUCCUAUAGUCACUGUAGAGCUUGUUAUCACAUACAGUAUGACUCCCCAUUAGAAAACCAGUCCUUCUACCUCUUCAAAACAAAUCUGUAGAAAAUCAUAAGUGUUUUCUCUUUUCUCUGCCAAACCUGAAUCGGGAUAAAAGAUGCAGGGCUUGGAGGACAAUAUGACACAGUAUAUGUAUUUACCCUAUGGUUAGAGCAAGAUAGAAUAUAUACCCAGAUCAUGAAUAUGUUAAGCGCAUUAUCUUAAUCCAUCAGGAUUGUAUAAGCAGUAAUAGAAGGCAAGGAAGGUGCUAUACGUGGACAUAGUAAUGGAAGUUAUGCGUCAGACACGGAACUUCAUUAAUAUUUCAGUUGAAUUGCAAUGAGUCCCUCAGAGCAAUCCUUUACCAUAUAAUGGUUUGAUUGUCCCAUCCCAUGUGAUUUAAUGCCUAUGCUUCUCUUCGGCUUGGCGAUGUGUUUCAGAAAUGAUAGCAAGAUCCUGGGGCCACUAUUAUUGGUUAUUAGCUGGAGUCGAGGAGAGUGGUGGUGGAUCCACGCUCCACACAUCUUGCAUCACAGAGAAACAUGUUAGUUUUGGUAUUUUGUAUUUUAUUAGGAUCCCCAUUAGCUGUUGCGAAAGCAGCAGCCACUCUUCCUGGGGUCCACACAAAACAUGAAACAUGACAUAAUACAGAACAUUAAUAGACAAGAACAGCUCAAGGACAGAACUACAUACAUUUAAAAACGGCACACACAGCCUACAUAUCAAUACAUACACACAAUAUCUAGGUCCAAUAUGGGAGAGGCGUUGUGCCGUGAGGUGUUGCUUUAUCAUAUUUUUUUUAAAACCAGGUUUGCUGUUUAUUUGAGCAAUAUAUACAUGUAUAGUUCCAUGCAAUAAUUUCUCUAUAUAAUACUAUACACUUUCUUGAAUUUGUUCUGGAUUUGGGGACUGUGAAAAGACCCCUGGUGGCAUGUCUGGUGGGGUAAGUGUGUGUGUCAGAGCUGUAUGUAAGUUGACUAUGCAAACAAUUUGGGAUUUUCAACACAUGAAUGUUUCUUAUAAAAAGAGGAAGUGAUGCAGUCUGUCUCUCCUCAACUCUUAGCUAAUAGAAACUGGCAUGCAUAGUACUUUUAUUAGCCCUCUGAUUACAAUUAAGAGCAAGACAUGCCGCUCUGUUCUGGGCCAGCUGCAGCUUAACUAGGUAUUUUUUUGCAGCACUUGACCACACAACUGGACAAUAAUCAAGAUAAGACAAAACUAGAGCCUGCAGGACUUUAUUUUUGGAGUGUUGUGUCCGAAAAGCAGAGCAUCUCUUUAUUAUGGACAGGACUCUCCCCAUCUUUACAACCAUUGAAUAUAUAUGUUUUGACCAUGACAGUUUAACAAUCUAAGGUAACACCAAGUAGUUUAGUCUCCUCAACUUGUUCAACAACCACACCAUUCAUUACCAGAUUCAGCUGAGGUCUAGAGUUUAGGGAAUGAUUUGUACCAAAAUACAAUGCUCUUAGUUUUAGAUAUGUUUAGGACCAGUUUAUUACUGGCCACCCAUUCCAAAACUGACUGCAACUCCUUGUUAAGGGUUUCAGUGAUUUCAUUAGCUGUGGUUGCUGACAUGUACAGUGGGGGAAAAAAGUAUUUAGUCAGCCACCAAUUGUGCAAGUUCUCCCACUUAAAAAGAUGAGAGAGGCCUGUAAUUUUCAUCAUAGGUACACGUCAACUAUGACAGACAAAUUGAGGGAAAAAAAUCCAGAAAUUCACAUUGUAGGAUUUUUAAUGAAUUUAUUUGCAAAUUAUGGUGGAAAAUAAGUAUUUGGUCACCUACAAACAAGCAAUAUUUCUGGCUCUCACAGACCUGUAACUUCGUCUUUAAGAGGCUCCUCUGUCCUCCACUCGUUACCUGUAUUAAUGGCACCUGUUUGAACUUGUUAUCAGUAUAAAAGACACCUGUCCACAACCUCAAAAAGUCACACUCCAAGCUCCACUAUGGCCAAGACCAAAGAGCUGUCAAAGGACACCAGAAACAAAAUUGUAGACCUGCACCAGGCUGGGAAGACUGAAUCUGCAAUAGGUAAGCAGCUUGGUUUGAAGAAAUCAACUGUGUGAGCAAUUAUUAGGAAAUGGAAGACAUACAAGACCACUGAUAAUCUCCCUCGAUCUGGGGCUCCACGCAAGAUCUCACCCCGUGGGGUCAAAAUGAUCACAAGAACGGUGAGCAAAAAUCCCAGAACCACACGGGGGGACCUAGUGAAUGACCUGCAGAGAGCUGGGACCAAAGUAACAAAGCCUACCAUCAGUAACACACUACGCCGCCAGGGACUCAAAUCCUGCAGUGCCAGACGUGUCCCCCUGCUUAAGCCAGUACAUGUCAGGCCCAUCUGAAGUUUGCUAGAGUGUAUUUGGAUGAUCCAGAAGAGGAUUGGGAGAAUGUCAUAUGGUCAGAUGAAACCAAAAUAUAACUUUUUGGUAAAAACUCAACUCGUCGUGUUUGGAGGACAAAGAAUGCUGAGUUGCAUCCAAAUAACACCAUACCUACUGUGAAGCAUGGGGGUGGAAACAUCAUGCUUUGGGGCUGUUUUUCUGCAAAGGGACCAGGACGACUGAUCCGUGUAAAGGAAAGAAUGAAUGGGGCCAUGUAUCGUGAGAUUUUGAUUGAAAACCUCCUUCCAUCAGCAAGGGCAUUGAAGAUGAAACGUGGCUGGGUCUUUCAGCAUGACAAUGAUCCCAAACACACCGCCCGGGCAACGAAGGAGUGGCUUCGUAAGAAGCAUUUCAACGUCCUGGAGUGGCCUAGCCAGUCUCCAGAUCUUAACCCCAUAGAAAAUCUUUGGAGGGAGUUGAAAGUCCGUGUUGCCCAGCGACAGCCCCAAAACAUCACUGCUCUAGAGGAGAUCUGCAUGGAGGAAUGGGCCAAAAUACCAGCAACAGUGUGUGAAAACCUUGUGAAGACUUACAGAAAACGUUUGACCUGUGUCAUUGCCAACAAAGGGUAUAUAACAAAGUAUUGAGAAACUUUUGUUAUUGACCAAAUACUUAUUUUCCACCAUAAUUUGCAAAUAAAUUCAUAAAAAAUCCUACAAUGUGAUUUUCUGGAAAGAAAAUUUCAUUUUGUCUGUCAUAGUUGACGUGUACCUAUGAUGGAAAUUACAGGCCUCUCUCAUCUUUUUAAGUGGGAGAACAUGCACAAUUGGUGGCUUACUAAAUACUUUUUUCCCCCACUGUAUAUGGUUAAAUCAUCAGCAUACAUAGACACACAGGCUUUGUUUAAUGCCAGUGGCAGGUCAUUGGUAAAAAUAGAAAAGAGUAGAGGGCCUAGAGAGCUGCCCUGCGGUACGCCACACCCUACAUGUUUAACAUAGGGGCGUAUAACCUCCAGGUUAGAGUGUUGGGCCAAUAACCGAAAAGUCGCUGGUUUGAAUCCUAGAGCCAAAAAGGUGAAAACCUGUCAUUGUGCCCUUGAGCAAGGCACUUAACCCCAAUUGCUCCAGGGGCGCUGGACGAUGGUGACCCUGCCCAUGCAAAAAAACAGAUUUCCACUUGUACUAGUGUGUAACGGCCAAAUAUAAGUACCCCCCCCCCCCCCAAAAAAAAAAAAACAUGACAUACCCAUUAGUCUUUAGACAAAAAUAGGAAUCUUGCCCAUCUAGAGCCUUGCCCUGGACCCAUUUGAUAUUUUAUCUGUUGAACCUAUCCUUAGGCCAAGACAUUCAUACUUGAGAAUGUGGUCUUUAAAAUGUGUCCGAUUUGGGUACGAGUGAACAGAUAACGUCCCGUGUCAGUUAUAACGUAAUGAAAUAUUCAGGCAUUCAACAAGGUUUAGAGAGUCUUUUUACAGGAGGGAAAUGGGAUCUGCAUUUGCAUAUUAAUGGUGCGUUUCAGGCAGAAUUCAGAGGCAGAUAUUGAUGCGAUCAUCUUUUUAACAGUUAUGAUGAAGAGUUUUCUAGCGAUCAUUAGCUUUGGAUUUAACAACCCUUAUUGUAAUCGUUGUGUGUAUUGAUGUGCUAGUAGGAGGAUUCUCUUUUAUUUGAAAAGUCAAUGUUAUUCAAAAAAGAGAGUUUACAAGCUCUUUUAUGCUUAUUUAUUAUUUGUAGAGGCAACAAGCUUGAGCUUAACAAAGCCAACACACUAACCAAACCUUGAGCUUAGCAACACAAGCCAAAACAGUAACCAAACCUUGAGCUUAACAACACAAGCCAACACACUAACCAAACCUUGAGCUUAGAAACACAAGCCAAAACACUAAAAAAACCUUGAGCUAAUAGUGCAGUUGCACUGUUUGACACUGCCAAAGUUUGCUGUUUUUCUAAAUGUACUCAUCCAUUAUAUAAUGACCAUAGCAGGAUGUUUUAUGGCAGGAUAUACACUCAAGGGUAUUACAUUUACAUUUACGUAAUUUAGCAGACGCUCUUAUCCAGAGCGACUUACAAAUAGGUGCAUUCACCUUAUAGCCAGUGGGAUAACCACUUUACAAUGUUUUAUUUUUUUUUGGGGGGGGGGGGGGGGGGGGGGGGUUGGGGUAAGGGGGGGUAGAAGGAUUAAUUUAUCCUAUCCCUGGUAUUCCUUGAAGAGGUGGGGUUUCAAAUGUCUCCGGAAGGUGGUGAGUGACUCCGCUGUCCUGGCGUCGUGAGGGAGCUUGUUCCACCAUUGGGGUGCCAGAGCAGCGAACAGUUUUGACUGGGCUGAGCGGGAACUGUGCUUCCGCAGAGGUAGGGGAGCCAGCAGGCCAGAGGUGGAUGAACGCAAUGCCCUCGUUUGGGUAUGGACACAGACACAGGCGAGCAUCAAGUUCCAUUUAAUCUCCCCACUACCGCUACAGUAAAAUUCAGCAGCAUCUCCCAAUAAAUGCCCUAGGAGAGAGUGCAGAGCCCAUUAGGUAUUUUUGCUUAUAUAAGCAUAAUCACAUUUCCCAGCACCCUGACAUUUAGGCUGAAUCAAUGGAGCAAGAGACCCAUUUGGCAUGGCAUGACCUUGUCUGUUAACCAGAGAGAGGCCGCCUUAAGAAAUCAAUGAAAAUAAUGAGUUAUGGGGGGGGGGGGGGGUUAGCCAUAAAAUACUUUAACUUGAGUGGGAUAAAUGCUAUAGCCAGAAGUAAUGAUUUGUUUGUUUGUUUUCACUGUUGUUGUUUUUCUUGCCAAUGAGGAAGUGUGUUGAAACUGUAACUGACAAUAGCUUUUAAACUAUAAAUAAAUAAAUAAUAACUAAUAUAAAUAAUAAUUAUAUAUUUAAUUAUUUAUUUUUAUUUAUAUAUAAUUAUAUAUUUAAACUGUUUGGGAGGAAGAGGGUAACUGUGGCUGACUGCUGUCUAUCCCUCUCCCCUUCCCCACUACAUUUCCUUCCCAGAAGCAAUUUUUAAGUUCCCUCUCUCGCUCCGAUUAAUUUUAAGGCCUCAUGCCGUCACUGGAAACGAUGCAAAGCAAUCUCCAAAUUGCCUUUCAACGCCCGAAGGGGGUGGGGGAAAAAAUUGGUAUUAAUCUCCUCAUGAUAAGCACAGCCAGACGUUUUUCCUGAGUUCCACUUUGUCCCGAUGUAUUUGAAUUCAGCUGAAUGAAACAGUCAACGCAGACGGCCUGAAAUGAAUCAGUCACAGGACAGAGCAGCGCCCGGCAAAACCCUCACUAAGCACUGGAAUUUCCCUCCCUCCCAUGCCCAUGCCAAGCAAGCAAUUAUCACUGUGUAAUAGAUUACAUCCCCUGAGGACCAAAACAGGAAAUAUUAUCAACUUUUGAUAAUGCAUCUUUUGCUACAGUAUUAGUGUGGAACAAGUUAUCAGAACACACAGAACAAUGAGCAAGAAAAGUUAUGGCAUCAUUGGUUAUAGUUAUUCUCAUACAGUUAUAUAUCACAUAGGUGUUUAUGGCCAGCUUAUCACAUGGGUGUUUAUGGCCAGCGUAUCACAUGGGUGUUUAUGGCCAGUUUAUCACAUGGGUAUUUAUGGCCAGUUUAUCACAUGGGUGUUUAUGGCCAGCUUAUCACAUGGGUGUUUAUGGCCAGUUUAUCACAUGGGUGUUUAUGGACAGUUUAUCACAUGGGUGUUUAUGGCCAGUUUAUCACAUGGGUGUUUAUGGACAGUUUAUCACAUGGGUGUUUAUGGCCAGCUGAUCACAUGGGUGUUUAUGGCCAGUUUAUCACAUGGGUGUUUAUGGCCAGUUUAUCACAUGGGUGUUUAUGGUGUCCAUGAUCUCGCCAUCACGGUUGACAACUCCGUUGUGUCCUCCUCCCAGAGUGCGAAGAGCCUUGGCGUGACCCUGGACAACACCCUGUUGUUCUCCGCUAACAUCAAGGCGGUGACCCGAUCCUGUAGGUUCAUGCUCUACAACAUUCGGAGAGUAUGACCCUGCCUUACACAGGAAGCGGCACAGGUCCUAAUCCAGGCACUUGUCAUCUCCCGUCUGGAUUACUGCAACUCGCUGUUGGCUGGGCUCCCUGCCUGUGCCAUUAAACCCCUACAACUCAUCCAGAAUGCCGCAGCCCGUCUGGUGUUCAACCUUCCCAAGUUCUCUCACGUCACCCCGCUCCUCCGCACACUCCACUGGCUUUCAGCUGAAGCUCGCAUCUGCUACAAGACCAUGGUGCUUGCCUACGGAGCUGCGAGGGGAACGGCACCUCCGUACCUUCAGGCUCUGAUCAGUCCCUACACCCAAACGAGGGCAUUGCGUUCAUCCACCUCUGGCCUGCUGGCCCCCCUACCUCUGCGGAAGCACAGUUCCCGCUCAGCCCAGUCAAAACUGUUCGCUGCUCUGGCACCCCAAUGGUGGAACAAGCUCCCUCACGACGCCAGGACAGCGGAGUCACUCACCACCUUCCAGACACACUUGAAACCCCACCUCUUUAAGGAAUACCUGGGAUAGGAUAAAGUAAUCCUUCUACCCCCCCCUUACCCCACCUCCCAAAAAAUUUAAUAAAAAUGGCUAUAAGGUUAAUGCACCCAUUUGUAAGUCGCUCUGGAUAAGAGCGUCUGCUAAAUGACGUAAAUGUAAAUGUAUGGCCAGCUUAUCACAUAGGUGUUUAUGGCCAGCUUAUCACAUAGGUUUUUAUGGCCAGCUUAUCACAUGGGUGUGCAUGGCCAGAUAGUGUGACUGAAUGACUGAUGUUGUCGAACAAUUGACAGGAUGUUAUCAGCUCUGAGCCAGUUCCCUGGACAUAACUAGUCACGUUCUCAGACAGGUUCCUCCCUUACAAGCGGUCUAAGACUCGCCUGAGCAACACAGGUAUCAGAGGCUCUAGCUGUUACAGAAGCCUUUCACUCUUUUCCUCUGUGUUCUGGUUAUUUAUUCAUCUCGCUGCUCCAUGGCUCAGACAUGGGGUGGAGCGUCUGUUUGCUGCAGCAGGACAGAUGGUUUAGAGAGAUAAAGCCAAUUACAGCUGGCUAUCUGUUAGACUAGAACAUCAACCACAAAGAGACUUAACACUGGACAACUCCUCAGGAAUGAACAUAAGAACACGGAAGCCCUCCUUUUCAUUCGGUGGAAAUUACAUUAUAAAGAACACUCAUGCACAGUUUUUUUCAAUGUAUUGAUAUGAAAUGUAUAGUGUCAAGAAAGCCGUAUGUUAAAAGCAUUAUCCUCCAAAUCAAUUAAAUUAUAUCAAAUGUACUAGGUUUUCACAGCUGACAUUCCCAGGUUUUCACGGAUGUCCAACAAUGAUUAUGCUGACUCGACUCAGUCAUCACCAUGUUUUACUCUUCCUCUCUGUUUCUACAGGAUGAUCCCGGCCUCCAGCCAAGCCUUCCUGGUGACCAACCUGGUGUCUGGGACCAAGUACGAUCUGUGUGUCCUGGCCGCCUGGGACGACACAGCCACCACCCUGACGGCCACCAACGUGGUGGGCUGUGCCCAGUUCUUCACCCGCGACGACUACACCCAGUGCCAGUCUCUCCACAGCCAGUUCCUGGGGGGCACCAUGAUCCUGGUGGUGGGUGGCAUCAUUGUGGCGACGCUACUCGUCUUCAUCGUUAUCCUGAUGCUGCGCUACAAGGCCACCGACCAUGAGGGGGGUGGCAACGGGGGGAGAGGCAAGCUGACCAGCGUUAGUGACACCCACUCGCAGACCAAUGGGGGCCGGCUGGGACAGAAUGGUGUGCCCCUUCCCCUGCCCAAACCCAAGGCCAAAGUGACUCUCCAGGACGAGGUGGUGGAGUUUAAAUGUGGCUCCCUCCAGAGCACCUCGUCCUCGUCCUCGUCCUCGUCGGGAGGCUCGAUGGUCGGGGGGCGGUCCUACAGCCCCAACAGCACCCUGGCCAACAUGUGGAGGCAGGCGGCCCCCUCCAAGCCCCGGGCCAACCUGGAUCACCUGCUGGGGGCCUUCAACUCCCUGGAGCUCCGGGGAGCCCAGGGCAUGGGCAGGGGAGACCUGGGGGAGCCCUCCUCCAGCAGUAGCACUCCGGUGGCGGGUGGCGAUAGGCCCCACACGGACAGGGAGCCCCUGCUGGGCCGGACAAUGGACUCGCGGCUGAGCCGGCUGCUCAUGCUGCCUCUGGACUCCAAACCAAAAAGGAGCCAGUCGUUUGACAUGGGGGACUGUAUGGAUGCAGACAGACAAACAAACCAAGUGAAGGCUUCUAGCACCUCCACUGCCAACACGCCGGUAUGCAGCUAUCCGCGUCGCAUCAGCAACAUCUGGACUAAGAGGAGCCUGUCUGUGAACGGCAUGCUGCUACAGUGUGACGAGGAGGGGGAUAUGGGGGGGAGCAAGGGGACCUUAGAUAGCCAAGAGUGGGUCAUGGAGAGUACUGUCUAG